GACAACGUAUUGUCGGAUUGACAAUAUCUCUAUACUGUGUAAAACUAAUAACCAAAAAUAAUGUGUUUAAACUCUGCGUAAAAAUUCCGUACAUCAUUUAGCAAGCUGCACUAUCAAACAAAAGCCAUUUUAAAAUUAUUCAAUUUACGCGUCUAUAUACACGGUCGUACAAUGAAGAUCAAUGUCUUGUGUCUUUUAUCCGCGCUGCUAGUUAGUUCUAUAAAUGUCGUUUCGGGUCAUCAAUGUCUUGAUUUAAAGCCUAUGAAAGGUUUCGAAAUGGAAAAUUUUUAUGGAUCAUGGUACGUCCUUAAAACGACGAUGCCAUAUACGAGAUGCGUAGCGUAUGAUGUAUACAGACAGAAUGUCAAAAGGUUUAAAUCUAUUACUAAUUACGGAUAUUUUUAUGGAUUAUUGGAAACCAAUUCAGAUUUACCAUCAAAAAUGCUUUUUGCUGAUCCUAAAGAUGAUUAUUCAAAUCCUGAAUUUACGAAAUCACCUUUUAUUGUGUUGAACACCGACUAUGUAACCUACGCGACAGUAUUCAUGUGCAUAAAAAAGCAAGAUGGCCCUGGCUUCAAACAUUUUGUAUCCAUUUUAUCCAGAACAGAGAAAUUCUUAGACACAGAAUUGCUAAAUAGUUUGGUCUUAAAUAUAAUUCAGUUAAAUAUUGGAAAACUCAACCACGUUGACCAAAAGGACUGUAACUAUUCGAGUCUCGUCGAAGAUGGUUAUGAUAUGAAUGUCUUUCACAACGAGACACAUCGUAAACCCUACGUUUCAAUCAAAUGGAUGUUUGUACCUGAACCACACGAAGACAAUCAAGUUGAUUAAAUACGAAUAAAUUGUAGAUUUUGAAUUAAGUAUAAAUUAUAAUCAAAAGUAAAAGGUCACCAGUCAGUACUGUGUUCCAACCCAAUUGGGCUGGCUUUUGUUUUAUAAUUGUACAUUUAAAUAUUUCUAAAACUGUAUAAUAACAAUCGUUUUAAGCCUACUCCACCUCCACUAAUAUUUAUU